AUGGCUGGCAUAGACUUGGGCUCAGCAUCCCACUUUGUCCCUCACCAGCUCCACCACCGCCCCGACCUCCACCUCCAGAUUCCCCCCGACUCCGACGACGACGCAGCCCCCGGCCCCAUCUCCGGCACCACCACCACCCAUGGCCAGGCAGCUCUCGACUUGGUCACUCCCAGCUCGGGAUCAGGGGCCGGAGGCGACAUGGGUCGCCGGUCCCGAGGCCGCCCUCCUGGGUCCAAAAACAAGCCCAAGCCCCCCGUGAUCAUAACCCGGGAGAGCGCCAACGCCCUCCGCGCCCACAUCCUCGAGGUGGGCAGCGGGUGCGACGUCUUCGACGCGGUGGCCGCCUAUGCACGGAAGCGGCAACGGGGGAUCUGCGUGCUCAGCGGGAGCGGCGCGGUGACUAACGUGAGCCUGAGGCAGCCUGCGGCGGCGGGAGCGGUGGUGACGCUGCACGGGCGGUUCGAGAUACUAUCCCUGUCGGGGUCGUUCCUUCCGCCUCCCGCCCCGCCCGGUGCAACCAACCUGACGGUGUACCUGGCAGGCGGCCAGGGACAGGUGGUGGGAGGGAAUGUUGUGGGCGCUUUGGUGGCAUCCGGGCCGGUCAUCGUCAUCGCUUCCUCGUUUACGAACAUAGCAUACGAGCGGCUGCCGUUGGACGAGGAGGAGCCACCGGUUUCGGGGAGCAGCGGAGGCGGCAGCGGCAGUGGAGGACUUAACAACCCGUUUCCGGACCCGUCUUCGGGGCUGCCGUUCUUCAAUCAGCUGCCAGCGAGCAUGCCGAGCUCGCAGUUACCGGGCGGCGAGGGGGGGUGGCCAGUGAACUCAGGCGGUGGACGGCCUCCGACUUAUUGA